AUGCCGCUCUAUAAGCCCAUCUCUCGGAUGGGCUUUUCGCUGAUCCUGGAGCUGCGAAGUAUGGGCAUCAGCUUGCCUGUUGAAGUACCGUAUUGCAGCGAUCUGAAGCCUGAGACCGUGGAGCUGAUUCGAUCAAAAAAGGAGUUGGAAGAAAUUCGCGCUUACGAUAUAUGCAGUCUGGCUGCCAAAGCCAAAAGUGUCAUGAACGCUACACGUCCAGUGUUUUGCGCGGACAUUGACGAGUGCCGCACUAAGUCCCAAUCUUUCACGAUCAAGCCUCUGGCAAAGUACUUUUCGGAGUUUGACAUGACCCCGUUCCAGGCGUUGCCGACACUUCAGCGGCCAAAAGCAACAGUUGAGAACAAGACGCCCGUGAAGCUGAAGUUUGAGCCCAGCCAUUUUCUGCUGAAAAGCCAUUCAUUCAAUCGCCGCGCAGGCUACCAACUGGAGUCAUCGAUGCUGAUUCUGGACAAGAAGCAGUAG